UCAUUAAUAUGGACAAAAUAACUAAACAAAAAUGAAGAUCGCAAUUCUAAUAUCAAGUUUUUACAUUAUUGCAUCUUUAUCUCAAGAGACGAGUGAUCAUUACAAAGCGGUUCUCGAAGCAGUACACGGCGCGAUUGAAAAGUGUGAAGAGGAAAGUGGGGUUUCAAAAGAAACCAUUGAAAAGCUUAAAAAUAAAAUUUUCGAAGAUGUCCCUAACGCAGGUGAUUAUCUUUAUUGUGUUUUCCAUUCGAUCGGUUGGGUUGAUGAAGAUGGAACGGUAAAUCCGGAAAUGGCAACCGGUUUCGUUGCGCAUCACGAAGAUCGACUCGAUUCAGUUAUAAAAUGUCUUAAUACCGCCGGGGAUACCCCGCAAGAAACCGUUUUUGAAGCUUAUAAAUGUUACGCGACAAAUCUUCCUAAAGAUGUUAGCACUCACGACGAACUUAGCACCGUGCAAAAGAAAGAACUUCUUUAA